ACACACUCUCUCUCUCCUUCUUCCUCCCAUUGCCCUCUUCUUUUGUUAUAAUUUUGCUUUCAUUUCACUCACGCUCUCACAUCUUCCAACCAACACAACACUCCACCAUUUUUCAAAAUUAGAAAAAAUAAAAUAAAAAUUUGUUUGGUGAGAAAAGGAGAUGAAAAAGUGGAGUUCAAAAACCCGAAUUAGGAGCGAUGAAUAUGGAAGAAAAGGAGAAGACAUAGAUUGGGAGCUCCGACCAGGCGGAAUGAUUGUUCAGAAACGACGCAAUGGGUCAGGUUUGAAUCCGAAUUCAGAGUGUUUCAUUACGAUCAACGUCUCUCAUGGGUCUAACCGUCAUCAAAUCACCAUUGAUUCCCAUUCCACAUUUGGGGAUUUAAAGACGGUUUUACAACGACAGACAGGGUUGGAGCCGACGGCACAGAGGUUGUUGUUUAAAGGGAAAGAGAAAGAGAACGAGGAGUGGUUGCAUAUGGCUGGUGUGAACGACAUGUCGAAACUUAUACUUAUGGAAGAUCCUGCUACUAAAGAGAGGAAGAUGGAAGAGAUGAAGAAGAAUAACUCUGUUGCCGCCGGUGAAGCGCUGGCCGAGAUAGGAGUUGAGGUCGACAAACUCUCUGAAAAGGUUGCGGCGGUGGAAGGUGGCGUUAAUGGAGGGAAGAGGGUGGAGGAGAAGGAACUAAAUGUAUUGAUAGAGUUAUUGAUGAUCCAACUGUUGAAGUUGGAUGCAAUUGAGAUUCAUGCUGAUUCCAAAAUUCAUAGAAGAACUCAGGUUGUUAGGGUACAAAAAUUAGUGGACAGACUUGACAAUUUGAAGGCUACAAUCUCAAAUAAUUGGAUGAAAAGAGAUUCAAUAAGUGGAAGAUCAGCCAAAUGGGAAGAAUUUGAAUGUGGAUUUGGGAGCCUCAUUCCUCCAACUUCCAAACUCACCAUCUCUUCUACAAAAAUAACUCAUGAUUGGGAACUCUUUGACUAGUUCACUUCUUUCAUAUAUAUAUAUAUAUAUUAUUUUCUUUUAUGCAUAUGUGAUCUCCCCCUCCAACCCAAUGGUAUCCCAUAUAUUGUUUUGACAUUUUUG